AUGUUGCGCAAGCUCACCCGCAUCAUCUACCCCUCGCCGCCGCCACCCGACGCCGGCCCAGGUCCCGCCGACCCUGUCCCGCCCUCGACCUCGCCCUCUCCCCCGCCGCCUUCAGCCAACGCCCGCCGACUCGCCACCGACAUGGACACCGGCUCGGCCAACAGCGAUACCGACGCUCCCGACCCCGGUCCACCCGCCUCGUCCAGCCGUCGCCGACCCGCUUCCCCCACCUCAACGUCCUCGACCCGCCCCACCCGCACCUCCAACAAGCGCAAGGCCGACGACGCCCGCAACUCGACCACGUACGGCACCGCCAACAAGCGCGCCAGGGCACGCGCCGACAAGGACGACCGCGACCAGUCGCCCGACGAGCACGACUCGCUCGGCCACCCAGACGGCCCAAUGACCAAGGCCGUCGCUCGCCGCUUCGACGACCAAGGGUCUGGCGCCGGCAACUACAAGCGCAUGACCGGUCCCGCCUUUGACGCGCCCAUCUACCUCGGCGACGUCGUCGAGAUGCGCUCGGACGGCUCGUCCAACGGCGGCUGGUACGGCUGCGUCGAGCUCAUCCGCGCCCUCAAGGAGAGUGUCACCAAGAUCCGCGACCGCGACCCGUCAAAGGCCGGCGACCUCCCGCAGUACCUCAGCACCGAGGUCGGCCUCCAGCUGUCCUGGUUCUUCUCCAAGACGGACCUCGAGGCGCUCGACGGCGAGGCCGGCAAGGCGUGCAAGGGCGCGACCGUCAACCUCGGGCCCAACGAGCGCGUCAAGGGCGACUGCCUCGACUGGAACUGGCAGUCGAUGAUCGUGUCCAAGAAGCCUGAGAUCAUGUACGUCUUCAACGACGCGUACCCUCGACGCGCCCCGCUCAAGUACACCAUCUCGUGGCACCCGCUCGCGCAUUACUCGACGCGCGACCUGCGCAAAGUCGCGCCCUCGAUCACCCAUUUUUCCGCCCUCGAGACGCCGUCGCGCUUCCCCGACGACCUGCCGCCGCUCCCGGACUACUACUUCGGGACCGGGUACCCGGGCUACGUGCCGCCCGAGGCCGCCUGGUCGUCGACGGCCGUGCACGCGGGCAAGGGUGAGCCGCUCGGGCGCGAGGGCGACGGCGUGCGGCAGAUCCCGUACGUGCGCGUCGGGUUCUCGUUCCUGCGGCACAAGGUCCAGGAGGACGAGGCGAUGGCCUCGACGGCGGCGGGCAAGAAGGCCAAGGCGCUCGGCCGGCCAAGGCAGGUCAACCAGCUCAAUUUCGUCAGCCACAGCUUCGACAACGUGCCGUACAACCCGCGCAAGGUUCAGCGCUACUCGCGCACCGCGCUCGCGUGGUACAACGUCGACGACCUGUACGCGCACGGGUGCUUGCGGUGGAAGUACGCCUCGAGCCCGACCGAGCCGGCUCCAGCUCCAGCUCCAGCUCCACCACCCGCCCCGUCGACGCCGAAAGCCGCCCCGUACCCGCCCGUCACGCCUCAGCGCCGUCGCCCCGUCCCGGCCGCCUUCACGAUCGAGAUCCCGCCGCCUCGCACGCCGUCGUCGCGCAUGCCGCGCAGCCGAGCCGCCGCCGCCGUCGCCUCGAGCUCGUGGUCCUCGUCGCCUGCUCCUUCUCGCGACAACGCCCGAUACCCUCCUCCCGACCCUCCUUUGCCUGCGCCCGACCACUACGCCGACGCCGCCCUCUUUGACGGCCCCGACACGCCGUACGUCGCGCUGCACAAGCUCGCGCAGACCAACAUCAUGCGCGGUGGGACGUACGGCCUGACCGGCAACGCCUACCUCGUCGACUGCGCCACGGUGCUCGCGAACGAGCUGCGCCGCACGGGCGACAUGGAGCAGACGGCCGAGGAGCGCGACGAGCUGUGGGCCAAGGCGCUCGAGCUGCUCGAGAGCGCCGACGAGUGGGACGCCGAGGUGCAGCGGCGGGUCAGGGGUGACGGCGGCGCGGCGACGCUCGCGCCCGAGUGGAGGAGCGACGGCAACGAGCGGCUGAGGCGGGUGCCCGGGCCGGACGACGGCGAGGAGGGCGAGUGGGUGUGGUCGUGCCCGAUCUCGGGCAGGGAGAUCUGAGCCGACGGGGUCAGGGAGCAGGUUCUGUCGCAGUGCAUGGGGCUGUACGAGAUUGGGCGGUCUUGAGAACGCGCAGCUGUUUCGUGCGAG